CUUCUACAAGUUGGUUUAGUGGCAGCAAGCAGUGAAGAAGUAGCAGCGAUUAGCUCAUUGUGAGUGGUGUGUGGGAAAUCGAGCAGCAGGCAGAGAGGAAGAAAAAAGUGUGCGCUUUCUGUGGCGGAAAACGAAAAACGGCUCGAAAAGUUGUGUUUCGCGAGUGUAAAGGAAAAGCACAGUCGCGAACAUUCGAAAGUGAUGGCCCUCAGUCGUAUCUACUCAUCGAAAUUGGCUAGCGCCAACAAGAACCUCCUACCGGUGAUCACCACCUAUGUGCGCAAUGCCUCCGACAGCACAGACCUGAAGUCAAUCCUGACCGAGAAGAUCCCCAAAGAGCAGGAACGCAUCAAAAACUUCCGCAAGCAGCAUGGCGCAACCAAAGUUGGCGAAGUCACCGUCGAUAUGAUGUACGGUGGUAUGCGUGGAAUCAAAGGUCUGGUGUGCGAAACCUCCGUGCUCGAUCCAGACGAGGGUAUCCGCUUCCGAGGAUUGUCAAUCCCCGAAUGCCAAAAGGUGCUGCCGAAAGCCCCAGGUGGUGCGGAGCCACUGCCGGAGGGUCUCUUCUGGCUGCUCAUCACUGAUGACGUCCCGAGCAAGGCUCAGGUCGAUGCGCUGUCCCGCGAGUGGGCCAACCGCGCUGCACUGCCGUCGCACGUCGUAACCAUGCUCAACAACAUGCCAACGACGCUGCAUCCGAUGUCCCAGCUGAGCUGUGCUGUGACGGCUCUCAACCACGAGAGUAAGUUCGCCAAGGCCUACUCGGAGGGUGUCCACAAGAGCAAGUACUGGGAAUACGUGUACGAGGACAGUAUGGAUCUGAUCGCCAAGCUGCCGGUCGUAGCUGCCACCAUUUAUCGUAACACCUAUCGCGAUGGAAAGGGAAUUGGGGCGAUCGAUCCGAAGAAGGAUUGGUCCGCGAACUUCACCAAGAUGUUGGGCUACGAGGAUGAGAAGUUUACCGAACUGAUGCGGUUGUAUCUGACGAUCCACAGUGACCACGAGGGUGGCAACGUGUCAGCUCACACUGUCCAUCUGGUGGGAUCGGCGCUGAGCGAUCCGUACCUGUCGUUUGCCGCCGGCAUGAAUGGACUGGCUGGUCCACUCCAUGGCCUCGCGAACCAGGAAGUAUUAGUGUGGCUGCAGAAGCUGCGGAAGGAGCUGGGCGACAAUGCCAGCGAGGAUAAGGUGAAAGACUUUAUCUGGAAGACGCUCAAAUCCGGACAGGUCGUUCCCGGUUACGGUCACGCUGUCCUGCGAAAGACUGACCCCCGUUACACCUGCCAGCGCGAGUUCGCCCUGAAGCACCUGCCGAACGAUCCCCUGUUCCAGCUGGUGUCCAACAUCUACAAGGUUGUGCCUCCAAUCCUGACCGAACUUGGCAAGGUCAAGAACCCAUGGCCAAACGUAGAUGCCCACUCCGGCGUUCUGCUGCAGUACUACGGUCUGAAGGAGAUGAACUAUUACACCGUGUUGUUCGGUGUCUCGCGUGCCCUCGGUGUGUUGGCUUCGCUCGUUUGGUCCAUGUCCACCGAUGGUCUCAUCAAAGCCACUGGUGCCAAGUAA